GAGCGCGAGUGAGGGGUGGGCCGCCGAGACGAUGCCGCGGGGCCGCCCCCCGAAGCCCCGGGACGGCGCGGCGCGCGGCGACUCCGAUGGUGUUUUGCCCUUGGAUGCGGACAACAUUGAUGAUGACUGUCCCAUUCCAAACUUCCAUAAAUGUGAAAUCUGUCUGCUGUCUUUUCCAAAAGAGUCCCAGUUUCAACGCCACAUGAGAGAUCAUGAACUAAAUGAUAAGCCACACCGAUGUGACCAGUGUCCCCAAACAUUUAAUGUUGAAUUCAACUUGGCCCUUCAUAAGUGCACGCACAAUGGAGAGGAUCCUGCGUGCCCAGUGUGCCACAAGAAGUUUUCCAGAGUGGCCAGCCUCAAAGCGCACAUCAUGCUCCAUGAAAAGGAAGAGAACCUCAUCUGCUCUGAGUGCGGGGAUGAGUUCACGCUGCAGAGCCAGCUGGCCAUCCACAUGGAGGAGCACCGGCAGGAGCUGGCCAACAACCGUGUCUAUGCCUGCAAGGCCUGCAAGAAUGAGUUUGAGACGCCAUCAGAGCUGAAGGAGCACAUGAAGACUCACUAUAAAGUUAGGGUAUCAGGUACAAGGUCUUAUAAUCGGAACAUUGACAGAAGUGGCUUCACCUAUUCCUGUCCACACUGUGGGAAGACGUUUCAAAAGCCCAGCCAGUUAACUCGACAUAUAAGGAUACACACAGGUGAGAGGCCGUUCAAAUGCAGCGAGUGUGGAAAGGCGUUUAACCAGAAGGGGGCCCUGCAGACCCACAUGGUCAAGCACACGGGGGAAAAGCCCCACGCCUGUGCUUUUUGUCCUGCUGCCUUCUCUCAGAAAGGGAACCUCCAGUCCCACGUGCAGAGAGUCCAUUCAGAGGUCAAGAAUGGCCCUACCUAUAACUGCACAGAGUGUAGUUGUGUGUUUAAAAGUUUGGGUAGCUUGAACACUCACAUCAGCAAGAUGCACAUGGGUGGAGCCUCAAGUUCCACAGGCUCUACAGAGACUGCCCACGUAAUAACGGCCACACUUUUUCAGACUCUGCCUCUGCAACAGACGGAAGCCCAGGUCUCCACCUCCAGCCAGCAGAAUUCUCAGGCAGUGACCGACGUCAUCCAGCAGCUCCUUGAGCUAUCAGAGCCAGGGGCUGUGGAUGCACAGCAGAUCCCACAGGCUGGGCAGCAGCUGAGCAUCACAGUGGGCAUCAACCAGGACAUCCUACAGCAAGCCUUAGAAAACAGUGGGCUGUCUUCACUUCCAGUUGCAGCACCUCCCCACGACUGCAGCCACACCCCACCGUCUGCAGCCCCGCCUCCCAGCCCACCUGCCUCGGGUGUGUCUGUGGAGCCGGUGGACCCUACAGUGGCUGCGCAGGAAAAGGGGCAGGAGAGCUCCGAGAAGGCAGAAAAGAGAGAGAAGAAAGUCAUGAAGAAGAAGUCACCGCUCCUACCUGGUUCCAUCCGAGAAGAGAACGGGGUCCGGUGGCACGUCUGCCCCUACUGCACCAAGGAGUUCCGGAAGCCCAGCGACCUCGUGCGCCACAUCCGCAUCCACACCCAUGAGAAGCCCUUCAAGUGUCCGCAGUGUUUCCGGGCCUUCGCUGUGAAGAGCACGCUGACUGCGCACAUCAAAACCCAUACCGGCAUCAAGGCCUUCAAGUGCCAGCACUGCAUGAAGAGCUUCUCCACCUCAGGGAGCCUCAAGGUGCACAUCCGCCUGCACACAGGAGUCAGACCUUUUGCCUGUCCUCACUGUGACAAAAAGUUCCGAACCUCAGGACACAGGAAGACUCAUGUCGCCUCCCACUUCAAACACACGGAGUUGAGGAAAAUGAGGCACCAGCGCAAACCUGCGAAGGUUCGCAUUGGCAAGACAAAUGCUCCCGUCCCCGACGUUCCUCUGCAAGAACCAAUUCUCAUAACUGACUUGGGUCUUAUCCAACCCAUUCCAAGAAGCCAGUUUUUCCAAAGUUAUUUUAAUAAUAAUUUUGUCAAUGAAGCAGAUAGACCGUACAAGUGUUUUUACUGUCAUCGGGCAUAUAAAAAGUCUUGCCACCUUAAACAACACAUCAGAUCACAUACAGGGGAAAAGCCUUUUAAGUGUGCUCAGUGUGGAAGAGGCUUUGUUUCUGCAGGUGUGCUCAAAGCGCAUGUCCGGACGCACACAGGACUGAAAUCUUUUAAGUGUCUGAUCUGUAAUGGAGCCUUUACCACUGGCGGUAGUUUACGGCGGCACAUGGGCAUACAUAAUGACCUCCGUCCCUACAUGUGUCCUUACUGCCAGAAAACAUUUAAGACCUCUCUAAACUGCAAGAAACACAUGAAAACCCAUAGAUAUGAACUCGCUCAACAGCUGCAGCAGCAGCAGCAGCAGGCUGCCUCAGGGGAUGACAGCACUGUGGACCAGCAGGGUCUCCAGGUGUCUGCACCCAUGCCAGUGGAGAUGGAGAGCACCGAGCUGCAGCCGGCAGCCGAGCCAGUCACCGCAGACCCCGAGGCCUUGCUGGACCUGGGCCCUCAACACGUGGUGGGCACAGAAGAUGGAGGCCUCACGCAGCCGCUGGCAGACCAGCCUUUGGAGGCUGAUGAAGAUGGGUUUGCAGCCCCCCAGGACCCUCUCCCAGGACACAUGGACCAGUUUGAAGAGCAGACUCCUCCACAACAGCCCUUUGAGUCAGCAGGGCUACCACAAGGCUUCCCAGUGACUGACACAUACAAUCAACAGACUCCGUUUCCACCUGUGCAACAACUGCAGGAUUCCAGCACACUUGAGUCCCAGGCCCUGUCUACAACUUUCCACCAGCAGAACUUACUGCAGGUUUCCAGCUCGGACACCAUCAAUGUGACAACUCCUUUGCUUCCGGAGUCAUCCCAAGAAGAGCUGGACUUACAGCCCCAGCGUCCCCAGUUCCUAGAGGACAGUGAGGACCAGAGCAGGCGCACUUACAGGUGUGACUAUUGCAAUAAAGGCUUCAAGAAAUCUAGCCACUUGAAGCAGCACGUGCGGUCACACACGGGGGAGAAGCCCUACAAGUGCAAGCUCUGUGGGCGUGGCUUUGUUUCAUCUGGUGUCCUCAAGUCCCAUGAGAAGACUCACACUGGAGUAAAGGCGUUCAGCUGCAGCAUCUGCAGCGCCUCGUUUACCACCAAUGGCAGCCUCACCAGGCACAUGGCCACACACAUGAGCAUGAAGCCUUACAAGUGCCCGUUCUGUGAAGAGGGAUUCCGCACUGCUGUUCACUGCAAGAAGCACAUGAAGAGACACCAAAUGGUCCCCUCUGCUGCGGCCACCACCACGGAGACAGAGGCAGCAGACACGUGUAUGGAGGAUGAAGAAGAGAACUCUGACAGAAGUGCAUCAAGAAAGCCUCGCCCUGAGGUCAUCACGUUCACAGAGGAGGAGACAGCCCAGCUGGCCAAGAUUCGACCCCAGGAGAGUGCUACGGUGUCAGAGAAGGUGCUGGUACAGUCUGCUGCAGAAAAGGACCGCAUUAGCGAGAUGAAAGACAAGCAGGCAGAGCUGGAAGCAGAGCCCAAGCAUGCCAACUGUUGCACAUACUGCCCCAAAAGUUUCAAGAAGCCCAGCGACCUGGUGAGGCAUGUUCGCAUCCAUACUGGAGAAAAGCCAUAUAAAUGUGAUGAAUGUGGAAAGAGUUUCACGGUGAAAUCUACCCUUGAUUGCCAUGUGAAAACGCACACAGGUCAGAAGCUGUUCAGCUGCCACGUGUGCAGCAACGCCUUCUCCACGAAGGGAAGCCUGAAGGUCCACAUGCGCUUGCACACGGGAGCCAAGCCUUUCAAAUGUCCACACUGUGAGCUACGCUUCCGCACGUCAGGGCGGAGGAAGACUCACAUGCAGUUUCAUUACAAGCCAGACACGAAGAAAGCCAGGACGUCUGUGGCACAAAGCCCUUCGGAAGGACUGCGGCCUGUGAACCUCCUCAAUUCUUCCUCCCCUGACCCCAGUGUGUUCAUCAUGAAUAACUCGGUUCUGACAGGGCAGUUUGAUCAGAAUUUGCUUCAGCAAGGGCUGGUGGGCCAGGCUAUCCUCCCUGCCUCUGUGUCAGCCGGUGGGGACUUGACGGUAUCUUUGACGGAUGGGAGCUUGGCUGCCCUGGAAGGUAUCCAGCUACAGUUGGCUGCUAAUUUGGUUGGCCCAAACGUUCAGAUUUCUGGAAUUGAUGCCUCCAGCAUUAAUAACAUCACGUUGCAGAUUGAUCCAAGCCUUUUGCAGCAAACUCUACAGCAGAGCAGCCUGCUCACGCAGCCACUGUCAGGGGAGUCCGGCAUGGCCUCACAGAGCAGCUCUGUCCCAACUACUCCAGACAGCACUGUCCCAACCAGCGUGGUCAUUCAGCCCAUCCCAGGCCUGUCCUUGCAGCCCACGGUGACCUCUGCUAAUCUGACCAUUGGCCCACUGUCAGAGCAAGAUUCUGUGCUGACCACCAGCAGCAGUGGAACCCAGGACCUCACUCAGGUGGUGACUUCACAGGGCAUCGUGUCUACCUCCACAGGCCCCCACGAGAUCACCCUGACCAUCAACAACUCAAGCCUCAGCCAGGUCCUGGCCCAGGCCGCCGGCCCCACCGCCACGUCAUCUGCGGGGUCUCCCCAGGAGAUCACCCUGACUAUCUCUGAGCUAAAUCCUGCAAGUGGGACCAUCCCUUCGUCCACACCAAUGUCGCCCUCAGCCAUCUCCAGCCAGAACCUGGUCAUGUCCUCUUCAGGCAUGGGGGGUGAUGCGAGCGUCACGCUGACCCUGGCUGACACUCAGGGUGUGCUGUCAGGAGGCCUGGACACGGUCACGCUCAACAUCACCUCGCAGGGUCAACAAUUCCCCACCUUGCUCACGGAUCCCUCGGGCCAAGGUGGAGCAGGCUCACCGCAGGUCAUCUUGGUGAGCCACACCCCGCAGUCCUCUUCUGCUGCUUGUGAAGAAAUAGCCUACCAGGUGACGGACGUCUCCACCCACCUGGCCGCCAGCAGCCAGCCUGAGAAGGAGGGCCCUGCCCACCAGUGCCUGGACUGUGAGCGCAGCUUCUCCUCGGCCGCGGUGCUGAUGCACCACAGCAAGGAGGUCCACGGCAAGGAGCGCAUCCACGGCUGCCGCAUCUGCAGGAAGGCCUUCAAGCGGGCCACACACCUCAAGGAGCAUAUGCUGACACACCAGGCAGGCCCCUCACUCAGCUCUCAGAAGCCCAGGGUGUUCAAGUGUGACACUUGUGAAAAGGCGUUUGCCAAGCCCAGCCAGCUGGAGCGCCACAGCCGCAUUCACACAGGUGAGCGGCCGUUCCACUGCACGCUGUGCGAGAAGGCCUUCAACCAGAAGAGCGCGCUGCAGGUGCACAUGAAGAAGCACACGGGGGAGCGGCCCUACCGCUGUGACUACUGUGUCAUGGGCUUCACCCAGAAGAGCAACAUGAAGCUGCACAUGAAGCGGGCCCACAGCUUCGUGGGCACCCUGCAGGCCACCGCCGUGGUCCAGGAGCAGGACGGGGAGGAGCUGAGGGCCCUGCGUCUGGAGGAGGCGGUGCAGGAGGCGGCCGGCGAGUGGCAGACCCUCACCAACGUGUUCUGACGCCAUGGUGGAGCCUGCCCGGAGCCUGCCCGGAGGACCGCGGCCGCGAGGGUUAAAAAUCCACCACAAACGAUGUUUAGCUAGACGAUUAUCUAAAGAAUCAUUGUCUGUCAGAGACUCACAGGAAAAACUGAGAAAGAUGGAAAUGUGUUGUCAUUUGUCUACAAAUCACUGAACUCAGGUACUACAAUAGCUUCCUCUCCUCCAUGGCCAGUGAAUCUAGUUAACAGGAAAUUAACUGGAUCUUCCUAUCAUUGUAGUGUGAUUUCUUUGUAUUAGCAAAGACAGGAGUUAACAGGAAAGGUGUGUAAGGUUUCCUUUAUGCUUUCUGUGAUAAGAAGCCUUGCUUACAACGCAUACGGCAGGUGCAUGAAGUCCUCGGCAGUGUCAUUACACACAGGGUGUUUCCACUUUUUAUUCUGCAGUUCGAAGCUGGUAGCAACUGACUUUUAUUCUACCCUAAAUUAGUAUAGCGGAUGCCUUGCAAGAUGGCUGGACCCAUCUACCUCCUCACAGCAUCUCACCCCUGGUUGGAAGAACGCAGGAUCUGGGCGCUGGCAGGGUGGGGGCUGCCCCACAGCCUCGGCGGCGGGUCUUUGCUGCGUGGGGCUAUGCAGGCCGUAGGUUGGAUGCCUGCAGAAGCACAAGCCAUACACUGCAAACAGGAAGUGGCAGGCAUCUCUUGGGACAAGCUGUCCCUGUCCAUCUCUGCAGGUGAAGGGUGAGGACCACAAGAACCCAUGGCUUUUUCCUCCUCCCUAGAGACGUAAGUUUUCAUUUCAGGGAGCUCUUUAUUGUCACCAAUGGCGCCACACAGGACCUGUCUCAAACCAAAUCCCUCCUGUACUGGGCAGCGUGUGUGCCAAGCCCACAGCAUUCCAAAGACGGAAGGUUCUCCACUUGGUGUUAAUCCCCUUAAAACUAUUUAUAUGUUCUAUAUGUAAAUACAUGUGUACAUAGACAGCUGUAUGGCCUCCAUGUGGCUGAGUGGUGUAUUUGUAAAUAGCAGUGAGUCCUUGCCGUGGCACGCAUCCGAGGCGGCUCUCCGCACACUCAGGCGGACUUGUGUGCGUUUUAUUAAUAAAUGGAUAUCUUUUUCACUGUAACAGACAGCUGGGGUCUAUUUUUUUCUGGGGAUGAUUGCUCUGUUUUCUCUUGUGGCCUCCUCCAUUUCUGAAGAGCAGUUUUAUUAUGGUGUCCAGACUUGGUGCAUCGCCACUGGGCCCUGCGGUGGGUCUAACCACAUCGCUCACUUUGCGGUGGUGUCUUCUGGCAUCUUUACCUAAGUAAUGCUGGCAGUGACCGAAACAUUUUUAUGUACAAUAUUUAAGUCAGAAAGUUGUUAAAUAAGAUUACCUUUUUUCAAACA